GAAUUUAUGUUAUAGUUUAGAUAGAAUUAUAAACAUGUCGCUUAUGGAGAGUUUAAAUGAAUUAGGCUGGCAUCUCACCCAGGAGGGGAUUGAUACUAUUAGUGAAAAUGGUGAAAUUCAGGAUGUAAACAUCAUUAGCCGAAAAGCUUUAGACUAUGACUUGAGGGAAAUUGGAGAAGGUGCAUUUCCAGAAGAUUUUACAAAAGAUCCUACCAAGCUCGAAAAACCGAUAGUCGUUCAAAUACAGAAGAUAAGAAAUGUUUCAGCACCAAAGGCCAAUGAAGAAUCUUGUUCGGCUCCUCGAAUGUUGAAAUUGACCCUACAUGAUGGGAAAACAAUUUGCACAGGAUUAGAGACCAGUCACAUUUCCAGCCUUAGCAUUAAUACUCCACCAGGCACAAAGUUGUUGCUCAAUAAUGAAGGACUUGAAGUGUGUCAUGGUAUUAUCUGGUUAUCUCCAAGUGUAAUAACAAUUUUAGGAGGAAAGGUUGCUCAUAUGAUUGAAAAAUGGGAACUAAAUCGAAGCCUUGCAAAGCAUACUAGAGGUGGUAUAGGUGCUGAAGGUGGUCCUCCACCAUGGAUUCCAUUUGGCCAGAGGCUUGAAGCAUUGACCUUGGACAAACAGUUCAAGAGCUUACAAGAAGCUAAUAAACAGGACAACGCUGAGUUUGAAGCUCAAAGAAAAGGUGCAAUAGCUGAGGCUCAAAGGUUAUCAGGUGUUAAAAAGGUAUUUGGAGGAGGUACUAAGCCUUUACUGGAUGCUAAUGUCCAAAAGAUUGUGGAUGCUGGUUUUUCUGAGGAACAAGCUGAAAAUGCUCUUAAAUAUACAAAAAAUAAUGUCGAUAGAGCAUUGAGGAUAUUGCAAAAGAGAGAUAAUUCUGAAAACAGAAGCAAGGAUAAAGAUAAGAAAGAGACAGAACCACCUAAACGUAAACCUCGCCACAGGGAGCAAACAGAUGAUGAUAUUGUACCCGUUAAACCAUCCGGGAUGGUAUCCCUAUUUGAUUUUCUGGAAGAUAAACUUCCAAAUAUUCCAGACAAAGACAAGAAUAAUCAAAAAAAUAACUCUUCUGAUGAUAGAGGAGACAGGAACUAUACUAAGGAGAGAAACAGUGCCAAAAGUAAUUCAAGAUCACAUAGAUAUGAUGGACCAAAUAGACAUAAAUCAGAAGGCAGAGGGCAUUAUUCAAAUGAUAAUCAUCACAGAGAUGAUAGGAAGUAUCAAAAUCAAAAUGAAAAACCGCCAAGAUUUCAGAAAAAGUUGGAUGAGAGAAAUAAACACCAUGUCAAUCUGAACUUACAGUACAACAACUCAUAUCCCAACCCAAAUAAUCCUUACGACCACAGUAGGUAUAAUGAUAGAAAUAUGAAUGAUAAUAAGAUUCAGUUGUCCCAAAACUUCCGUAACAACAGUAACGUAAUGGACAGUUUAACUGAGGCUACAGCUAAUUUAAAUAUACUUUCAAAUCCAUCAAGGCCUAGUGAAGAUAUGCCCCGUAAUUAUCCAACACAUCCAGACCAAAUGUAUCUCAAGCAACAAUUCAUGCCUAAUCAGAAUAUGCAGGACAUGACUGCCUACCGGAGGGCCAAUGAUAUGCAAAAAUAUCCAGACCAACAGUAUCAACGGAGGCAACAUCAACAGUCUAAUGGCUAUAUGGAACCUCAACAAAAUCUGCAAAAUCCAAUGUAUGCAAAUAUGAAUUAUAUGGGCGGUGCACAGAGUGGGUAUAAUGGCCGGCAAUAUGGCUAUGGAGGGAGACCCCAGGAGUACAAUACGAUGCGACCUGCCGGGCCAUUCCUGCCGGGUUCUCUGCUUGGUUUCCAAAACGCAGCCGUUAAUGAACAAGCCCGAGCCAUGCUUGGUGUCACCGACAUCAAUUGGAAAGUUGGGGACAGAUGCCUAGCGCUUUACUGGGAAGACAAUAAUUUCUAUGAGGCUGAGGUCACAGGGAUUUCAGCUAAUACAGUAGUUGUUAAAUUUUGUGCAUAUGGUAACCAUGAAGAAGUUUUAAAAUCCAACUGUUUGCCUUUCCCUAACCAAUCGGUAGGUGGCAGUAGUGGGUACGUAUCUCGGGGCGGCAUGUUCCCCCCGCGCCGGCCGUAGGGGCACGCCGCGGCGCAGCGGGCGCGCCCCUCCGCCCCCG